AGAUGAAGGCUCGCGCUCCUCCGCCCCCAGGAAACCCCCUCCCCCUGAAUGCUCACUGUGAACAGAAGCCUCUUCGCGACACGGCCCUAGGCCCACAGCAGAACCUGGUGCACAUGAAGGAGGCGCUGCGGAACAGCACCGUGGACGUCACUGUGGUUCUGCCCAGUGGGCUGGAGAAGAAGAGCGUGGUCAACGGGAGCCAUGCGAUGAUGGAUCUCCUGGUUGAUCUUUGCCUUCAGAACCACCUGAAUCCAUCCCACCAUGCCCUUGAGAUCUGGUCUUCGGAAACCCAACAGCCUUUGAGUUUUAAGCCAAAUACCUUGGUUGGGACUUUGAAUGUACACACUGUGUUUCUGAAAGAAAAAGUUUCUGAAGAGAAGGUUAAGCCUGGCUCAGCAAAGGUGCCCGAGAAAUCUGUGCGCUUAGUAGUGAAUUACCUGCGGACACAGAAAGCCGUCGUGCGGGUGAGCCCCGAGGUUCCUCUCCAGAGUAUUCUUCCCGUCAUCUGUGCGAAGUGCGAGGUCCACCCAGAGCACGUGGUUCUCCUCAGGGACAACAUUGCCGGGGAGGAGCUGGAGCUGUCCAAGUCCCUGAACGAGCUGGGAAUAAAGGAACUCUACGCCUGGGACAACCGAAGAGACACCUUUAGAAAAUCAUCACUUGGCAAUGAUGAGACAGAUAAAGAGAAGAAAAAAUUUCUGGGAUUUUUCAAAGUUAAUCAAAGAAGCAAUAGUAAGGCUGAGCAGCUUGUGCUGUCGGGCGCAGACAGUGACGAGGAAGCCUCGAAACCAGCGUCUGGAAAAGGCUUGAACGGCUGUCUGACAAUGCCAAACUCCCCGUCUGUGCACUCACGUUCCAUUUCGCUGGGUCCAUCCCUCUCACUUGGCAACAUCUCAGGGGUGUCGGUGAAGUCCGAGAUGAAGAAGCGUCGAGCUCCUCCUCCUCCAGCUUCAGGGCCACCCGUGCAAGACAAGGCAUCAGAAAAGGUGUCCCUGGGGUCACAGAUUGAUUUACAGAAAAAGAAGCGGCGGGCACCAGCUCCUCCUCCACCACAGCCACCACCACCACCAAGCCCCCUGGUCCCCAAGCGCACCGAGGACAAGGAGGACAACAGGAAGAGCACAGUGGGUGUUGGACGGCAGGUGCCACAAAAGCCUCCCAGGGGCACUGCACGGGGUCCACCCCUGUUAGUGCUUCCCCCGCCCCCACCCUACCCACCUCCCGACACAGACAUGGAGGAGCCUCUCAGCUUUCCUGGGAAAGGCGCUGGUUCGGAGGCCUCAGACCUGAGACCCAAACUGAGCCUGCCCCUGGGGCGCGGCUGCCACUGUGGUGUGGACGGGCCAUCCGAGGCCGAAGAGACCGUGUCUGUGGGCAGCUGUUACGCAUCGGAGGAUACGACUGAGGACUCGGGCGUGAUGAGCUCUCCCUCGGAUAUCGUCUCUCUGGAUUCACAGCACGACAGCUCCAAAUCCAAGGAUAGGUGGGCCACGGACCAGGAGGACUGCAGUGACCAGGACCUCGCUGGAACGCCAGAGCUGGGUCCCCAGAAGAGCCCUUCAUGGGAGCAGAAUGGUCCUGCAUUGUCACAGCCAAGAACUGAAAAACCUGCCAUGGCUUCACAUGAUGAUGAAGACCUGUUUAUCACUGGCCAGUUCCAUGAAACCCUUGCAGAGCUUGAUGAAGACCUAGAAGAAAUGGAAGGGAGUUACAGAACUGACAGCAGUUCCUUGACCAGCUCUCUCCAUGGCGCGCCCAGCCCCUGCGCGCAGGAGGCCCUCAUCCCUGGAUGUGGCGAUGUGGAUACAAUCCCAGUAACGUUCAUCGGGGAGGUUCUAGAUGACCCUGUCGACCUGGGAUCAUUUUCCAAUAGAAACAACAAUGCUGGCUCUUUUGACUUGGAGGGCACCGCCAGCAGGAGGGCCCACCUGCCCCCAUCCCAGCCUGAGGACGGCCAGCAACUCGUGAAGGCGAGGGAGGAGGCACCCCGGCUGUCCGCUCCUUCUCAUGACCCCAGAAAGAUAAUCAAGCUGGCCUCGUCCGAUAGCUGUCGAGACCGAAGUGCAAAUGACACAGGACGCAGGGCGACAUCAUUGGCUUCGAAGCUUCCCCCGGACAACCUAAAUGUGAAGGAGAAAAGCAAGACCCCUGACCCCUCCCAGAGUGAGAAGACCCAGGCCUCCCAGAGAGCAUAUUCACAGACAGUAAAUGAAAACGAUGGCCACCAUGAAACUGUCGGCUCGGCACCUCCGCCAUGGUACCAACGAGGCCAGAGCCCAGGGGGCAGUUAUGGUCUGAAAUAUGGCCUUACUACGUAUAAAAUCGUCCCUCCCAGGUCAGAGAGGAGGUGUUAUGACAGAGACGCGUCUCUCUCCGUGGGUGCCAUCAAAAUCGAUGAGCUGGGGAACCUGGUAAACCCCCAUGUGAAUGGCAGCAGGGUCAUCUCCCUGCCAUCGGCCCUUCUCGAAGGAGAAGCUCAGCCCAUUGGGAAAGUCAAAGAGUUCUGGAGGUGCAACUCUAUGGAGAAACCCACAGACUGGCCCCCACGGUGCCCAGCCAAGAAGACCGCCUCCGCCACCCUGCCAGCGCAGCCACAGCCUCCAGAGGACAGGCUCAGAGCAGACCCCAAACCUGCGCUGCCCCUCUCUGCUCCCCAGGGAGACAGGAGGCACCUGGUAGAAGGGGGAAGCCAGCAGCCCACAGCCAUCUCCUGUCACGUGAAAGUGCCAUCUGUGAACAGCAAAGAGGUCGUGUUUCUCAAGCCUCAGAGAAGAACGUCCAGCCAGUAUGUGGCCUCUGCUAUUGCCAAGCGGAUAGGACCCGCGAAAGCCCACACUGACACGGUGAAGCCCCAGAGUGACGCCGGGCAGGGCUGCGAAGGCAGAGUGCCAAAGCCGACCGGACAACCCACUGACCUCUGCGUGGAGACACAAGGACGCACAGAAGGGGCAGAGCCCCCCAGCGCCAUCCUUCCCAGCAACCGCAGAGAAGAAGCGGCUGUCGGGACCCACCCUAGAGGGGACAUCAGCAGCCCGUCCAGCCAGGUCUCGGCCCAGGACAGUCCUUCUGGCAUCCACAGAAGCUCCUGUUUCCCACUGGGUGGAUCUUCCCAGAGGGAUCGUGUUUCUGUGGGCCAGAGCUGUGGUUUCAACAGGAAGCAAAGCACCAGUGACAGAAAGCCCAACUCGACAGCUGACCCCACCAGCACUCUGGCCAGUGCCAGCCCUCCCACUGCCUGCUCAGCAAAAGCCCCAGUCAGCGGGACAUUGGUGAACGGAGCCAGGUGGGCCCCAGGCGGCAGCAGGCUGCCUCGCUCCCAGGAAGUGUGUGGCUCUGAGAGCCACGUCGGCCUGGAGACAGAGGAGAGGCUCCGUUUGCUCUCCACGGAUGUGCCUGAAACAGAUGGGGCUUUGCCACCUAGCAUUUUUGGGCCAAAGAAAAAAUUCAGACCUGUUGUCCAGAGGCCAGCCCCAAAAGACACAUCUCUGCACAGCGCACUAAUGGAAGCCAUCCACUCCGCUGGAGGGAAGGACAGGCUGCGCAAGACUGCAGAACAGACCUCACUGGGAGGGCCAAAGACACCGUCCUUCACGGAGGCAGAGGGUGAACGAUGCGCCCUGCUCGCGGCCAUCCGAGGGCACAGCGGCACCUGCAGCUUGAGGAAGGUGUCGUCACACGCCUCUGAGGAACUCCAGGGUUUCCGAGAGGCCAUGCUGUCUACACAGGGUUCUGACAACUUCCACCAAGAAGACCUUGGCCUUCCGCCCCCGCCGGCCCUGCCACCCCCGCCCCCUCCAGCCUCCCAGGCUCUCUCCACGUCACAGCCAGCAUCCAGGCUCAGCACAGGCACCCUCGACACCCCAGCGGACGCCAGGCAAGCCCUGAUGGACGCCAUCCGCUCCGGCACAGGGGCAGCAAGAUUGAGAAAGGUGCCCUUGCUUGUGUGAGCCAUCAAGGAAGGUCAGAUAUUUGCAGGACCCACCAGUAAGCUGCCCAGUCACCACUCAAGGAUUCCACGUGGCAAGGAACAUCAAGACUUGGAGUUGCUUUCUUGUCUGCGGGCCAAAUUGCCUGCAGUUGAUUUCCUGUGUGUUCCUGUAGAAUGGCUCAAACUAAGGGGAAAAAUUGCUGCUCUGCUGUGCAGCUGGUGUGCCAAGGAAAUGUGCUUUGCCUCUGCAUAUUCGAAGUUGCCAAUGAACUAUUCUUGUUGGCAGGUUAAUAGGAAUAUACACGCUGGAGCCCAGCACUCACACUUAAUUAUAUUUAUGGGCAAGGUGAACAGAAUGAUGCCUUAGAUGGAAUUUUGGGCCUUUGAGAUUUUUACCACAUAUAGAUGGUUAAAACCGUUUCCUUGUUUAAAUCUUUCAAAUUAUAGGGGAAAAAAAAUAUAUAUAUAUAUAUAAAUCAUCUGAAACGAUCUGACUGUUCUAUGCUCCAUGAUGCUGUGCAUUUGGAUAGUAAGAAAAAGCAUGGAGAAGCCUUUUCAAAGGUGACUCUGUGGGGUCAUAACACUAUUGGAUUCUUAUUCCUCAAAUAGUUGGGGCUCGCACCUCGCAGAGGGUCACAGGAGUUGUUCUGACCAGCUUAAACUUCUACUAGUCAACUGUUAGCACCCAAAGUAACAGCUGUCUAUGACCCAGUGGAUAGGGCAUUCCCGAGUCCUCCAGAGGUGCAGGUGGCUGAGAGCAGAACGACCCCAAGUGAAGGGUUGGUGCCCACGUGGACUGCUGUUCCCCAUUGGGCUAUGAAGUGGAGCAGAUCCCCCGGGGGUGCUGUACACAGAGCCUAGACGUCCCCAGGAGCCAGAUGAAACCCUGCAGAGGGCUCAGUUGUGGGGACGUUGGGUGUCUGCAUGUCCCAGAGAUGGGAUCAAACUCGCGCUUAACAUUGCGGUUAAGGGUCGGGCUUGAUGCUCGUGCCUGCCGGCAUCGGUGGCUGCCAUGUGUUGAAUGGCAGGCCUGCAGCAGCACACGGCCCUCACUCACCAGUAUUCGUAAUGAAGUGUAACUCCAGCAGUCAUUUUUCAUAGAUUCCUUUAAAACACUUUGUUAUAAUGUUCUUUGAAAGAAUAAUAGAAAUCAAAAGGAGUUUGUGAAAUAAAAUCUUUACCUUAGUGAAAAAACAAAUAUGAUGAGAUUAUCUUACUGUUUCGCAACUCUUUCUGAUCCGGCAUCCAGUAGAAUGGAAACUCUACUCUUUCUCCUCUGAAUCACGCGCGAAACUUGAUCAGGGGGAAGGAGCCACCAGCCAAUCCCGCUCUUAGUCAUAGCUGUCUAUGAUUUGUCUUUUGGUGCCACAAAUAAAAGAAAAUCGACUUACA